AAACACAACAACACCACACAGAGUUGAAUAAAACUAACACGCUGCAGUAGCACACACAAAACAUAAAUCGGAAGCAGGAGAAUGACUGAGAAUUUAACCAGCAAUUAUGAGGAAUUGCAUAGGGCAUCGAUGCGUUUUCUUACCGGCAGCACCUAUGAAGGUUCCUGGCACGAGGAUCUGCACAUGAUGGAUGGCUUCGGCAGCUAUCGCUUCCCCGAUGGCAGCGAGUAUCGUGGCCGCUUCGUGCAAGGCAAAUUCCAUGGCUAUGGACAUCUGAAGCUAGCGCUGCCUUAUCGCUUCACCAUCAAGGGGGAGUUUGUGCGGGGCAAACUGGUGAGCAUUGAUGACAUGUGGUUUAACGAUGGUCUCCACGUUGAGGGCAGCUUCCAAAAUGGUGAAUUUCUAUGCGAUGAAUGGAAGUAUCUGACGCCGCAGGAUCGUCGCUAUCAGGCGGAACGUUUCUACGGACAACAACCUGUGGGUCCUACAUCUUACUUGACCAAUAAUCUAUUGGCACGAACGGUGCCCGAUGGCUGCUACGAUGUGGAAGAAGGCAUCUUCAAUGCCGAUAAUGGCUGGCUGCUCGACAGACAACCGCCCUUCUCGAAGAGUGUUUAUGUGAAUUGUCCCAAGGAGCGUAGUUGGAUCAAGCGACAUUGUCGUGGGGCGCACAAGCAGCACGUGAUUGAACCACUGCCGGACUUUUGUCGCAAGAUUGUUGGAAAUAAUCUGGCAACCGAGGAAUCGCAAUUGACCAACAUCACGCUCUAUACACCCAAAAAAGAAGUACGACGCGAACGUUAUUAUCCCAAACUAUGCAAAGCGAAAUCUGAGCCAGAUCGAGCAACUGCCGACUUUCUUUUUGCUGCCGAUCGACCAAAGAAUGCCCAGCAAACAAUCACUGAAGUGUGCAUAAGAAGACAUCAUGAGCGGGAGCAGAAGGAGAUUGAAGAGUUCACUCGACUUUGGGAACGUAGUCGUCCAGGUGAAGCGCUGCCACCGUUGCACAGAGCACGCGAAUGGACCAGCACCUCGGAUCCAGAGAAUGUCGAUUCUGGAGCCACACAAACUGUUUCGGAGAGUCCUUCGGAAGUGUCACUUGUGGAGAAGACCAAGGAUAAUUUCGAUACUGCCUAUUGGAUGGCCCAAAAGAAAGCUGGCGACAAUCUCUAUGUGGUUCAAUCGUAUAUGAAACGUCCAGCAAGCUUUAUUGACAUUAAUCGUUCCGUUUUUGAGCUGUAGUUUUGGUUAUAAAACAAUUUGAAAUGUUAACAAAAAAAAUUCUAGUGCAGAAUGUGCAACUUGUUGUCUAAAUAUAUGUGAUUUCCCCUUAGCA